UUGAGUGCUGUGAUGUGAAUUAUUUGAGUAGGUAUUUAAGCGUCGCUAAUUAUUAAACAAAUUAAUUAAAACAUUUAUAUAAAUAGUUUACAAGUAAUAGUUAAUAUAUAAAAGAUGGAUGACGAUGCGGAAACUUAUAAGUUAUGGCGAAUUCGUAAGACUGUUAUGCAGCUUUGUCACGACAGGGGCUAUCUUGUAACUCAAGAUGAAUUAGAUCAGUCACUGGAUCAUUUUAAAGAACAGUUUGGUGAUAAGCCAAGUGAGAAGAGGCCAGCUCGCAGUGAUUUAAUUGUACUCGUAGCCCAUAAUGACGAUCCAACAGACCAGAUGUUUGUUUUCUUCCCUGACGAAGCUAAAAUUGGUAUUAAAACAAUCAAAACUUAUUGUACGAGAAUGCAAGAGGAAAAUAUACAUAGAGCUAUUGUUGUUGUCCAAGCAGGUAUGACUCCAUCAGCGAAACAGUCCCUAGUGGAUAUGGCGCCUAAAUAUAUUUUGGAACAAUUCCUUGAAUCUGAACUGCUCAUCAAUAUAACUGAACAUGAACUGGUGCCGGAACAUAUUGUGCUGACUCCCGAUGAGAAGCAGGAACUACUAGCGAGAUAUAAACUAAAAGAAAACAUGUUGAUGAGAAUACAAGCAGGUGAUCCCGUGGCAAGAUACUUUGGACUGAAAAGAGGACAGGUGGUUAAAAUUAUAAGAUCUUCGGAAACGGCUGGAAGAUAUAUUUCUUAUAGAUUAGUUUGUUAAGUGUAAUUUUAUUAAUAAAUUCCAAUUUUUACUUUUAAA